AUGUAGACCUGAAGAACAGCCCACUGGCUCGCUCUGUUCUGCGCACACCAAACCGCCUCUUUAGCCCUCCAGCCCAAACCGACUCUUUCCCCUCUCUACAAAUUAUGGAUGAUUCAUUCUUUUUAUAAUAUUAUUUUAGUCCUCAUCGCCAACUUGAUCUUUGCUUUUGCUUUUGAUUUCUUGUCUUCUUCUGGGUUGUUCCCUAUAUAAACGUUCUCUCCCUUCAUUUAUCUCUCUCAGGGAACACUCCUCUGUUUCUUUCACUUAUAAACGACUGGAACUCGAACUAAACCAUCUUCACAUGGCUACCUCUGUCCAUAAUCGUCAGUUUCCCCAUUUGGAUUCCGCCAUUCGUGGCUGUAAUUUUCCCUCUAAUCCGGAGUUCUCCGUGCCCAAGAAGACGGCGGCAAUGGAGAACGCCGGCGAUGAUGACUUCUCCAGUGACGACGACAACGACUCCGAUUUCAACGACUUGAUUCGUAAAGGGUUGAGCGAAUUGGAGCCGUCGAUUCACGAUCCGAGAGAUUCCGGCACGGCGGAUGGUUGGAUUGAGAGAAAUGCGUCCAUGGUUCGUCUUACGGGUAAACAUCCUUUCAAUUCGGAGCCGCCGUUACCCCGUUUGAUGCACCAUGGGUUUAUCACUCCGGUUCCGCUUCAUUACGUCCGUAACCACGGCCCGGUCCCUAAGGCGAAUUGGAACGAUUGGACCGUCGAGAUUUGCGGUUUAGUGAAAAAACCAACCCGGUUCACUAUGGACCAACUCGUUAACGAUUUCCGUAGCCGGGAAUUUCCCGUCACACUCGUCUGCGCCGGUAACCGCCGGAAGGAACAGAAUAUGGUUAAGAAAACCAUCGGAUUCAACUGGGGCGGCGGCGGAAUCUCCACGUCGGUCUGGCGAGGGGUCCCACUCCGAGACGUGUUAAAGCACUGUGGAAUCUUCAGCCGUAAGAAAGGGGCCCUCAAUGUCUGCUUUGAAGGAGCAGAGUGUUUGCCCGGCGGCGGUGGGUCCAAGUACGGCACUAGCCUGAGAAAGGAAGUAGCCAUGGACCCAGGUAGAGAUAUAAUGCUAACGUAUAUGCAAAACGGCGAUCUGUUAGCACCGGACCACGGAUUUCCCGUUCGGGUCAUCACGCCGGGAUUCAUCGGCGGCCGGAUGGUCAAAUGGCUAAAACGCAUUAUCGUAACCACAANUUUCACUUAUAAACGACUGGAACUCGAACUAAACCAUCUUCACAUGGCUACCUCUGUCCAUAAUCGUCAGUUUCCCCAUUUGGAUUCCGCCAUUCGUGGCUGUAAUUUUCCCUCUAAUCCGGAGUUCUCCGUGCCCAAGAAGACGGCGGCAAUGGAGAACGCCGGCGAUGAUGACUUCUCCAGUGACGACGACAACGACUCCGAUUUCAACGACUUGAUUCGAAAAGGGUUGAGCGAAUUGGAGCCGUCGAUUCACGAUCCGAGAGAUUCCGGCACGGCGGAUGGUUGGAUUGAGAGAAAUGCGUCCAUGGUUCGUCUUACGGGUAAACAUCCUUUCAAUUCGGAGCCGCCGUUACCCCGUUUGAUGCACCAUGGGUUCAUCACUCCGGUUCCGCUUCAUUACGUCCGUAACCACGGCCCGGUCCCUAAGGCGAAUUGGAACGAUUGGACCGUCGAGAUUUGCGGUUUAGUGAAAAAACCAACCCGGUUCACUAUGGACCAACUCGUUAACGAUUUCCGUAGCCGGGAAUUUCCCGUCACACUCGUCUGCGCCGGUAACCGCCGGAAGGAACAGAAUAUGGUUAAGAAAACCAUCGGAUUCAACUGGGGCGGCGGCGGAAUCUCCACGUCGGUCUGGCGAGGGGUCCCACUCCGAGACGUGUUAAAGCACUGUGGAAUCUUCAGCAGUAAGAAAGGGGCCCUCAAUGUCUGCUUUGAAGGAGCAGAGUGUUUGCCCGGCGGCGGUGGGUCCAAGUACGGCACUAGCCUGAGAAAGGAAGUAGCCAUGGACCCAGGUAGAGAUAUAAUGCUAACGUAUAUGCAAAACGGCGAUCUGUUAGCACCGGACCACGGAUUUCCCGUUCGGAUCAUCACGCCGGGAUUCAUCGGCGGCCGGAUGGUCAAAUGGCUAAAACGCAUUAUCGUAACCACAAAAGAAUCAGAUAGUUAUUACCAUUACAGAGACAACAAAGUCCUCCCCUCCCAUGUCGAUGCAGAAUUGGCAAACGCCGAAGCUUGGUGGUACAAGCCGGAGUGUAUUAUCAGCGAACUGAACAUAAACUCUGUUAUAACCACACCAUGCCACGAGGAAAUCCUGCCGAUAAACUCAUGGACUACACAACGGCCGUAUACGUUAAGAGGAUAUGCAUAUUCCGGAGGGGGGAAGAAAGUGACACGAGUGGAGGUGACUCUCGACGGCGGAGAAUCAUGGCAUCUCUCCGAUUUGAACAGCCCGGAGAAGGCUACAAAAUACGGGAAGUAUUGGUGUUGGUGUUUCUGGUCGCUGGAGGUGGAGGUUCUUGACCUGCUUGCGGCGAAGGAAAUUGCAGUCCGCGCUUGGGAUGAGACGUUCAACACUCAGCCGGAGAAGCUCAUAUGGAAUCUCAUGGGAAUGAUGAACAAUUGUUGGUUUCGAGUCAAAACCAAUAUGUGCAAGCCGCACAAGGGAGAGAUCGGAAUCGUUUUCGAACACCCAACGUUGCCGGGAAACCAGUCCGGCGGAUGGAUGGCUAAAGAGAGACACCUCGAGAUAUCCACCGAAAACAACCAAACCAUGAAGAAGAGUAUCUCAUCGCCGUUCAUCAACACCGCGUCAAACAUAUACUCAAUGUCCGAUGUCAAAACCCACAACUCCGACCAAUCCGCUUGGAUCGUCGUCCACGGCCAUGUCUACGACUGCACCCGCUUCCUCAAGGAUCAUCCCGGCGGCACCGACAGCAUUCUCAUCAACGCCGGUACCGACUGCACGGAAGAAUUCGACGCAAUUCACUCCGACAAAGCGAAAAAAAUGCUCGAGGAUUACCGAAUCGGCGAGUUGAUCACUACCGGCUACGCUUCGGAUUCGUCGCCUGACACCUCUGUUCAUGGGUCAGUUAAUCAUAAUAUCCCCCAUUUAGCUCCAAUCACGGAGACGCGGCGCGUGGCUUUAAACCCGCGUGAGAAAAUCCCCUGCAAAUUGAUUUCCAAAACGGCAAUCUCCCACGACGUUAGACGGUUGAGAUUCGCUCUGCCAUUAGAGGAUCAAGCGCUUGGAUUACCGGUGGGUAAACACGUAUUCCUCUGCGCUAACAUAGACGGCAAGCUAUGCAUGAGAGCCUACACGCCCACCAGCGGCAUCCACCAUGUGGGUUACUUCGAAUUGGUUGUCAAAAUCUACUUCAAAAACGCGCACCCCAAAUUCCCCAACGGCGGGCUCAUGUCGCAGCAUUUGGACUCGCUCCCACUCGGAUCCGAAAUCGAAGUGAAAGGCCCAUUGGGGCACAUCGAAUACACCGGCCGCGGCCACUUCUUAGUCGACGGCAAGCAAAAGAAGGCCAAGAAGCUAGCUAUGUUAGCCGGCGGAACGGGCAUAACGCCGAUUUUUCAAGUGGCGCAGGCGAUUCUGAAGGACCCAGAGGAUGAAACGGAGAUGUUCUUGGUGUAUGCGAACCGAACGGAGAAUGAUAUCUUGAUGAGGGACGAGCUGGAUGAAUGGAGUAGGAGUGACAAGAGGUUCAAUGUGUGGUAUGUGGUGCAAGAGAGUGUACGAGAAGGGUGGGAGUAUAGUGUCGGCGUGGUGUCGGAGAGUAUCAUGAGGGAGCAUCUUCCGUCCGCGUCGGCCGAUUCGUUGGCGUUAGCUUGUGGACCGCCGCCGAUGAUUAAGUUUGCUGUGCAACCCAAUUUGGAGAAGAUGAAUUACGACACCGCCGAUUCGUUGUUGGUGUUUUGACUCGGUGAAGCUAAGUGUUACGAUCAUACCGUUGCCAAAUUAGAAAAAAGUGCGAUUGUGACACUAAGCUUAGUUUAUGCCAGAGUUUUCGUUCUAUCAGUGUUGUUUGAUUGGUAUGAAAAAAGAAAUGCACAUAAAGUUGAAAAUA